CUUUUGUGGUCCGGCCCAUUGCGAGGGUGACAGGAAACCCUGUGCAGGGAGCGCCGCCAUCUUGGACCAGCCCGAGGAGGAUCCUGAGGGAGCCGCAGGAGCAGCCGCCGCCACCACUGCGCCUGCCGCCGGAGCGUCUGCAACCUCGGGCCAGCCCGCCUUCCUGCGUCUGCAACCUCGGGCCAGCCCGCCUUCCUGCCGGGUCUCACCCGACGGAUCCCGGCCGCUCUCCCGCCGCGUCCGCACUCCGCUUCCUCGUCCUGACGUCCCCCUCCCGUCCGGAAAGCUGCCCAGCCACCAGCAACCCCCCAGUGCCACCAUGGCAACUGCACCAUACAACUACUCUUACAUCUUUAAGUAUAUUAUUAUUGGGGAUAUGGGAGUAGGAAAAUCUUGCUUGCUUCACCAAUUUACAGAAAAAAAAUUUAUGGCUGACUGCCCUCACACAAUUGGUGUUGAGUUUGGUACAAGAAUAAUUGAAGUUAGUGGCCAAAAAAUCAAACUGCAGAUUUGGGAUACAGCAGGACAGGAGCGGUUCCGAGCUGUCACACGGAGCUACUAUAGAGGAGCCGCGGGUGCACUCAUGGUGUAUGACAUCACCAGAAGAAGUACAUAUAACCACUUAAGCAGCUGGUUGACAGACGCAAGGAAUCUCACCAAUCCAAACACUGUAAUAAUUCUCAUAGGAAAUAAAGCAGAUUUGGAAGCACAGAGAGAUGUUACCUAUGAAGAAGCCAAACAGUUUGCCGAAGAAAACGGCUUAUUGUUCCUUGAAGCAAGUGCAAAAACGGGAGAGAAUGUAGAAGAUGCUUUUCUUGAGGCUGCCAAGAAAAUCUAUCAGAAUAUUCAGGAUGGAAGCCUGGAUCUGAAUGCUGCCGAGUCUGGUGUACAACACAAACCCUCAGCCCCACAGGGAGGACGGCUAACCAGUGAACCCCAACCCCAGAGAGAAGGCUGUGGCUGCUAGUGACCUCUUUGCUCUGGCCCUCAUUUGACCUUUCACAUCUGUCUGUUGGAAGCAGUACUUUUUACUGCCUCCUUGUCUUCUGUACAUCUUACUGGGUUUAAUUAAAAAAAGAAAAAACAACUCUUGUAAAAACAGUUUAACAAUACUAAACUGCUAAACAACUAGUUGUAAUCAGGUUCUCAAAGGCAAGUAGAGUAAUAAAUCUCUCCUGCAUGGUAAAUCUAGACUUCUCCCCUUUGAUUGUCCUCGUGAUAGGUUUGUCACCAAUAUGAUUUAAACUGAGCACUGAUGCGGGACUCGAUUUUUACCUUCCCUUUUGGCAAGGCUUUGUCUCACUGUACGGUUUAAAUUUGAUCUCUUCAGCCUUUUUCCCAUCUUUAAACUGUUAAAGUAUGUCUGUUGUAGCCAGAAAGUUCAUUGCUGUGAAAUGACUUCCAAUGGCAGAAAAAAGGGAGUCUGUAACUGCUUUUGUUUUUGUUGGAUAAAUUCCCUGUUGUAGGGGUGGCAUUUUUCUUGAUGCGGUUUGCUUCUGUCUUAGCCUUGCACAGGGAAAAAUACCCAUUUAUCUUUUCUUGUGCUUAAUUAAUAGCUUUAUCUUUUUUUUUUUUUACACCAUUUUAUCCUUUUCUCUUUAACAGAACGUAAAUAUGUAUAAAAUUUGAAGGAACCUAACUAACAAUAUCUUCUGUGUAUAUUAUUUUAAUGAAGAAAAUAAAUUGAUUACUGGCAUUGGAACAGUAUAAAAUACCAGUUUGUACAGUGUGACCUAUAUGUGACCAUGUUAUUCUCUUCCAUCUCACACAAGGAAAUAAGACACAACUUCAGUUUCACAAGUAAUACUGGCUCCACCUUGGUGCUGGCAGUGUUUGGGGACAGACAUAAUGCUGGAAAGAGCUCCUGGCAUCAGCGGAAACACUAGCGGAUUCGAUUCCAUCUUUGCACUGUGGCUUACCUGCUGAUUUUCUUAACUGCUCUUGUGUAAUCGACAAUGUGCUGACCUGCUUUUCUUUUUGUAAACAUUUUAUUACAGGCUGCAUUCUUGCCUUACUGUAUAGAAAAAGGAAGAAGGCUGGGUUUAAUAUUGCACAUUUUAAGCUUUUAUACUUUUAUCUUGGAAUGGUCAACUUCUGGACCAGCUAGCCGGAACCACAGGUCUGCUGUUAAGGGAUUUUAAAUUGUGCAUUUUUAACACUAAGGUGAAAUAAUUUAAUGCUAUCACUUGUGUUCAUAGGAUGAGGGGCUAUUUUAUGUCCUGCUAGUGUCAGUUGUUUAGUAAAAGGAAAGUGUUUCUAAAUGUGUAUGCUGACAUAAAGUUACUACUUUGCACUGGGUAGUCGGCCACAAAAAACACCUUGUAAGAGAAACCUUUAGAAGGCAUCUGUUUUACUCAAUUCUUCGUGGUUGGUUUCUAGAGUUGAAAGUGGCUGGGAUUCAAGAGGUCAUUGGAAGUGCUCACAGGGAAGCCCUAGGCACAUUAUAUAAUGCUAUCAGCUCAAUGCUGUGUUUAAAAUUCACAUUUUAAAUCCCUCUUUACCAGACACUAAUGAAAAAGUACAUCUUUCUGGAUUAUAAACGUGGUAGUUCCAGAGUUUUGUAUAGUCAAUGUUAAAUAAAAGCCAAAACUGGAAUGUGCAGAAAAUAGGAUUUGGUUUAUUUGUGGAUUCUCCUUUUGUCUUUGUUUAACUUAAAGGAUUCCUGGAGUAGAUUGGUAUAUUCUGUUAAAGACUUAGAGCGAUCCAUUUGCUUACACUGUUGCAUCACAAGGGAUUUGCCCAGGGACCAUGACCUGCUGGUAUGUGUAUAUAUUUACAAAAACAAAACAAAUCACCCAUCGGGGUACAAGGUAGCAAUCAAACUAAAGACGACUUCGACUUGUGUAGGUGCAAUGCCCUGACUCUCAGUUACAGUGGGUCUUGUUUUUGUGACAGAAGGAUUUAUUCAGACUGCUGUACUCUUCGUUCGAUGUAACAAAAUGCUAUUAUCUAAAUAUUUGUAAAUAAAGUACCUGUAUCUAGAUUAAAUUGAA